CAAUAACACCUUGCUCAACGAAAGCGUCGAUUAAUUAAGUAAUCAGUUGACAGAAUUUCGAAAGGCAUGAGAUGAAAAAAAUAAUAUAAUUUGGUGGGAAAUUCUGUAGUGAUUGGAUGAUCUGAAGAUAUCAGAAAUAGAUAAAAAGUCAUAUAUAUGCAGUCCAUAUAUUUCUUUGCAACCUAAACAAUUGGAAAGUUUACUUGUGUAAAUCACAGGCAUGGCUAACCAACCAGGAGGGUUUAAUUUUGGAGGUCCUUCUGCAACAUCAUCACCAUUUACACUAAACAAAUCUGCAACAGCGCCUGCUGCCGCUGGUGGCUUUAGCUUUGGUGCUGCACCUGCAGCAGGAGGACAACCAACAGCCACACAACCAGCAGCAGGUGGAUUGAGCUUUGGUGGCACAGCUAAUACAGGCACAGGUGGGUUUAACUUGGGAGGCAAUCUGGCAGCAACCUCAGCUCCAACUGGAGGUUUUGGUUUUGGAGGUGGCACUCAGCCUGCUAGUACUUCAACUGGUUUCACUUUAGGAGGUAUACCUGCUGCCACCAAUGCUACAGCAGGGCCCACACUGACUGGGUUACUGUCUGGUCCUCCACCUGGAAGUACAGGAGCCUUAGGACUAGGUGGUGUGGCCCCUAAACCUGCAGCUACAGGUGUAUCAUUUGGACAGACAACAUUACUAGGGGGAGCAACAUCUGCUCCAGCAACUGGAUUAUCAUUUGGAGCAACAACUCAACCUGCAACCGGUUCAUCAAUGGGUGGGUUAGCUAAGACCACCACAGGUCCCACAUUAGGUGGACUCACACAAGCAAAGCCUGGUUUCAGUCUUGGAGGUGCAAUAAGUCAGCCAGCUGCAGGACUUGGUGGGACCCCACAAGCAUCCACUGGAUUUGGACUUGGUGGGACAUCACAACCAUCUGCUCAAGGGUUUGGGCUAGGUGGAACCACACAGACAGCCGCUGCUGGAUUUGGACUUGGAGCGAAACCAGCUUUACAAAGUGGUCUCACAAUGGGUGCUGCUGGAAUCAAUAUUGGACAAGCUACAAGUACUGGAUCUAGUAUAUUUGGACAGACUGCUGCCAAACCACAAGUUACAGGUCUGGGAGGUGUUGAUCCAAAGACUUCAGCGGUUACAUCUGGUGGAACAACAACAGAUACAAAGCCAGGGGAUGGCAAAACACUUAAAGCAUCACAGCUGCCUCCAGAAAUAUAUGGAACUGUUGAUGAAUUUCAGAAGUAUACUAAAUCAGAGAAGAAUGUACAAGAUGACUUAGCCAGAUCUACCUCCAAACCUCUAUACAAAGUACAGGAAGAUGUGGUCGCUUUAAGACAACUGUUAUCUGUAGUGUCCAAUGGUAUACAGAGAAAUGCUCUCGUAGUCCAAAAGUUAAAACAUGAGAUGACUCAGGAAUUGAAAAAUGCUGAGAUGUCAAUGAGAACCAAAGAUAUUCCACCAGGACUACAGUAUGACAACACAGCUCCUGCAGAAUACUUCCACCGUUUGGUAGAGGAUUUUGAGAAUCAGAUGUUAUCAUACCGACAGCAGAUAGAAACAUUAGAAGAACAUCUAGCAUCUACACAUCAGCCAAAUAAACUUACACCAGAUGAUUUAAUUCUGUUGCUGAGGAAACUUCAUGAGACAUUUAUAGCAUUAGCUGCUCAAUUACAUCAAGUACAUGAAGCUGUUAAGACACAAAAAGAGCACUAUUUAAACUACAGAAAGAUUUUCCUCCACGAUACAAAUAACAUAUUUGAGCCAGAAAAGAAACAGCAACCCCAGACAAGACAAGACACAUCCACACAUCUUGGUCCUACACCAUUUGGUGGUCUGACUAAUGCUGCUGCAGUUGCCAUGGCAUCAGCUUUAACUAGAUCACAACAACCUGCAGGACCACCUGUGGCAGGCCUGGCAGGUAAUCUUGGUCAAACAGCUGGAUUUGGUUCUACAGGGUUAUUUGGUGGAGGAACAACACAGCCUGCAGCUUUUGGAGCCACAACAGCAACCCAGCCAGGGAUAGGAGGUUUUGGUGGAUUUGGCACCACUACUACACAACCUGCUGGUUUUCAAGGUUUUGGCAGUGGUUUUGGAACAACAACCACCACCCAGUCAACAGGCUUUGGGGCUGGGUUUGGUGCAACAGGAGGGACAGCCACUGUUCGGCCAUUAGGGUUUGGAACAGCAACAACAGCUGCAUCAGGUUUUGGAGGUCAAAGUACAUUUGGUCAAACUGGUUCCCUGUUUGGUACAGCCCCUGCUGCUGCACCUGCCUUUGGGUCAAAUGGAGAACCUUUCCAGCUCAACAAGCCCCCUACAUCAAAGAAAAAGAGAUGAUCAAUAUGAGUAGGCAUCUUAAUGAUGUCUGAGUUAUGAUUUUAAACUGAAACAUGUAAAUUAUUAGAGAUUACAAUUAAAAGUCUAUUUUGAUAUACAAACAUUUUGUUUAUAUUUUUAAAUAUCUUUUAAUCAGUUAUUAUUAGGGCUAUUCCAGAAAAAA